CCAGACUCCAGGUCAGGGGAGUCAGGCUCCCCCUGCCAUCCACCAUGGUGGUGGCACACCCCACCGCCACCGCCACCGCCACGCCUGCCGCCACUGUCACGGCCACUGUUGUGAUGACCACAGCCACCAUGGAUCUGCGGGACUGGCUGUUCCUCUGCUAUGGGCUCAUCGCCUUCCUGACGGAGGUCAUCGACAGCACCACGUGCCCCUCGGUGUGCCGCUGCGACAACGGCUUCAUCUACUGCAACGACCGGGGGCUCACGUCCAUCCCCUCGGACAUCCCCGACGACGCCACCACCCUCUACCUGCAGAACAACCAGAUCAACAACGCAGGCAUCCCCCAGGACCUGAAGACCAAGGUCAACGUGCAGGUCAUCUAUCUGUACGAGAAUGACCUGGAUGAGUUCCCGGUCAACCUGCCCAGAUCGCUGCGGGAGCUGCACCUGCAGGACAACAACGUCCGCACCAUUGCCCGCGACUCGCUGGCCCGCAUCCCGCUGCUGGAGAAGCUGCACCUGGAUGACAACUCCGUGUCCACCGUGAGCAUCGAGGAGGACGCCUUCGCCGACAGCAAGCAGCUCAAGCUGCUCUUCCUCAGCCGGAACCACCUGAGCAGCAUCCCCUCGGGGCUGCCCCGCACGCUGGAAGAGCUGCGGCUGGACGACAACCGCAUCUCCACCAUCCCGCUGCAUGCCUUCAAGGGCCUCAACAGCCUGCGGCGCCUGGUGCUGGACGGCAACCUGUUGGCCAAUCAGCGCAUCGCUGACGACACCUUCAGCCGCCUGCAGAACCUCACCGAGCUCUCCCUGGUGCGCAACUCGCUGGCCGCCCCGCCUCUCAACCUGCCCAGCGCCCACCUGCAGAAGCUCUACCUGCAGGACAAUGCCAUCAGCCACAUCCCCUACAACACACUGGCCAAGAUGCGCGAGCUAGAGCGGCUGGACUUGUCCAACAACAACCUCACCACGCUGCCCCGUGGCCUGUUCGAUGACCUGGGGAACCUGGCCCAGCUGCUGCUCCGGAACAACCCCUGGUUCUGCGGCUGCAACCUCAUGUGGCUGCGGGACUGGGUGAAGGCACGGGCGGCCGUGGUCAACGUGCGUGGCCUCAUGUGCCAGGGCCCGGAGAAGGUCCGGGGCAUGGCCAUCAAGGAUAUCACCAGCGAGAUGGACGAGUGCUUCGAGAGCGGGAAUCAGGGAGGCGCCGCCAACGCGGCUGCUAAGACCACAGCCAGCAACCACGCCUCGGCCACCACUCCCCAGGGCUCAUUGUUCACUCUCAAGGCCAAGAGGCCCGGGCUGCGCCUCCCCGACUCCAACAUCGACUACCCCAUGGCCACGGGCGAUGGCGCCAAGACUCUGGUCAUCCAGGUGAAGCCCCUGACAGCAGACUCCAUCCGCAUCACGUGGAAGGCCACGCUUCCUGCCUCCUCCUUUCGCCUCAGCUGGCUACGCCUGGGUCACAGCCCCGCCGUAGGCUCCAUCACAGAGACCCUUGUGCAGGGGGACAAGACAGAGUACCUGCUGACUGCCCUGGAGCCCAAGUCCACCUACAUCAUCUGCAUGGUCACCAUGGAGACGGGCAACACCUAUGUGGCCGAUGAGACCCCGGUAUGUGCCAAGGCGGAGACGGCCGACAGCUACGGCCCCACAACCACACUCAACCAGGAGCAGAACACCGGGCCCAUGGCGGGCCUGCCCCUGGCGGGCAUCAUCGGCGGGGCGGUGGCUCUCGUUUUCCUCUUCUUGGUGCUGGGGGCCAUCUGCUGGUACAUGCACCGAGCUGGCGAGCUGCUGACCCGGGAGAGGGCCUACAACCGGGGCAGCAGGAAAAAGGAUGACUAUAUGGAGUCAGGAACAAAGAAGGACAACUCCAUCCUGGAAAUCCGCGGCCCCGGGCUCCAGAUGUUGCCCAUCAACCCGUACCGCGCCAAAGAGGAGUACGUGGUACACACCAUCUUCCCGUCCAACGGCAGCAGCCUCUGCAAGGGCACGCAUACCAUCGGCUACGGCACCACCCGGGGCUACCGGGACGGCGGCAUCCCCGACAUAGACUAUUCCUACACUUGAUGCCAGCUGCCACCUGCCCCCACGCCCCAGCCCCAGCCGGCGGCCGACCUGGUGUGGGCCCCGUGGCUCUGUCCAGCCCAAGCCAACCUGAGAGAACGAGGAAGAGAAACUCCGCCAUGACUUUCCCAGCAGGAAGCAAAGUUUGGAGAGGGUUGACGAUUUUUUUUUUUUUUUGUAGACCACAACAGUGG